AUGUCUAUUCCCACUGAACAGUUUUCGCAUCUUGCUUUUGUCGACGAGGAUCCCGAGAACCAGUUGCCGGAAGAGAUGCGGUUCGACGAGACAACCUUGGAGGAGAGGAAGAUCCUAGUCAGGGAUAUCAUUUCAUCCUUUGACACCUCGGUCCUGCCGACGGAAUUCAAACCUGACGUCUAUGAGAGAAUAACGGAAGAACAAUCCAGAAGAGCAACCACUGAAUGGACCAUUCGAGAUGACUUGCAUGCGACUUUGAUGCAGUGGGGGUCUCACGAUGAGAUUGCAUGGACACUGCUCCGUAGAAUUGCACCCAGAGAUCGGGCUCUUGGGUUUGGACAAAAGUUGCGCAGGCGAUUCAACGAGCAGUUCGACCGGUAUGAUGGCAAAGUGAACAAUGCCCGCCGUAUGACAGGGACAGAACUACGGACCGAGAUCGCUGAGAUACGCAGCCAACUUCAAAGACUUGCAGGUGCAGCUACCGCCGAGGCCAGCCGAUAUAACAUUACGAUGGUGUUGCUCGAGGCUUUGGAGAAGGUCUGCGAUAGGGACGAUGAGGUUGAACCAGCUCGACGCAGCGGACGUCUGUCGAUGGAAGGUGCGGCUGGUGGCGCUGAAGCGGUACCAACUCUUUACCGCAGCCUAAUCGAGGAUGACUCGACAGAUUUCAUGCUCGAUGCGCUUGACGUUAUUCGGGACAAGUGGCCGAGGACGCUGACAACUCGUGAGGCAAAGGACCAACUGUCAAGGAUUAAUGCGGCUCUGCACGAGAAGGUUGCUCCACACGAUUAUCAAACCCGGCUGCAGGCCCUUCUUGCAGGGUAG